CACACGCCCGUUUGUUUGCGCGCAUUUACCAGGGUCAUGGGGAAAUCGGCCAAGGCGAAUAAACCCCUUACUCAGGAAGAGAUCUGGGAUGAUUCGGCCCUCGUCCAGAGCUGGGAUGAGGCUGUCGAGGAAUACAAACUCUAUCACAGCAUCCAUGCGAAGGGGGAGAAUGUUGAAGAUGUCCUGAGAGAAGCAGAGGCUGCUGAAAAAGCUGAGAUGGAGCAAGAUGAGCAGCCGUUGGACGAAUCGGCCGACCGCAUGGAUGCUGACGUCGACGCCGAUAUUGCUGCCAAUGCAACAACUCCAGCGGAACCUCAGCAGGUGCCACAGGCCACACCGUCGCAAGCCGCGGAAGGGCCGGAACAGCCUUCUGGACAGGGUGCCCAUGUCACCGAUCAAACGGCUGGGCCAAGUGCCGUAGGAGCACCUCCUAUGUCUCAUGCCACCCUAUCCCAAGUGCAAGAUGAGGGACUCAAAAACCUCAUGAUGGCAUGGUACUAUGCUGGAUACUACACUGGUCUAUAUGAGGGCCAACAGCGAGCGAACCAGAACAAGAGCUCAUAAUCCAGCUGAAAGUAUAGUAACAAAGUGACAAGCAUCUAUCUGCGUUGUUCGCAAUCCUGGUAGGUUGCAUUGAAGUAUGAGCGCGGAAAGCUAAAUCCCAGGACGGCUGCAGGCGCAAACAACAUCCCGUCUGGGUACAGGCCAGGAUUAGAUGAGAAUAUCUCCAGGCGGCUGUAGAUAGGCAUGCACCUAGUUUGGCAUGUUACCUGAGUAGGCGGGCUUGUCGUUGGGCCACAAUCACCGGUUGUGGCUUUGGAAUCCUACAUGAAGACUGUGGAACAACGCUGCGUACAUGGAAUAAUGCGCGGUGGCCUUACUGGCGGCCUCACCCUGACCCCUUUGACUUCGUG